AUGCUGCUGUUCUUUAUCUUGGGAUUGCUCGUACAUCUUGUGUUCUUCGCCUCCAUCUUUGACAUUUACUUUACGUCCCCUUUGGUUCACGGGAUGACUCCUCAGUUUACACCAUUGCCUCCUCCAGCAAGAAGAUUAGUGCUGUUUGUUGCUGAUGGCUUGAGAGCAGAUGCACUUUAUAAGUUAGAUGAAGAUGGAAGUUCCAGAGCGCCGUUUCUCAGGUGUUUUCCUCAACAUAUCAAAAGAUGGAAAGAAAAUCCUGUAGAAUUUGAUUCUCUUUUUAAUGAAAGCAAAUACACAUGGAGCUGGGGUGACCUCAAUAUUGUAUCUAUGUUUGCCAAAGGUGCUAGUCAAGACCAUGUUUAUACACAUAGUUAUGAUGCCGAAAGAGAGAAUUUUAAUGCCUACAAUGAAACAGAACUGGACGCCUGGGUCUUUGAUAAUGUUAAGGAAUUUUUUCAUGCUGCCAGAAACAACCAGUCUUUGUUUUCUAAAAUAAAUGAGGAGAAAAUAGUUUUCUUCUUGCAUUUAGUAGAUACAGAUACAAUUGGAAGUACUUACCUACCAUCAUCAAGAGAAUACAAAGACACUAUUAAAAAGAUUGAUGAUGGAGUGAAAGAAAUUGUGUCUAUAUUUAAACAUUUUUAUGGAAAUGAUGGCAAAACCAUAUUUAUCUUUACCUCUGACCAUGGAAUGACAGAUUCAGGUUCCCAUGGGGCUGGCCAUCCUUCAGAGACUUUAACUCCAUUAGUCACCUGGGGAGCUGGAAUCAAGUAUCCCCAAAAAGUAUCAGCUCAGCGAUUUGAUGAUGCAUUUUUGAAAGACUAUUUUGUUUGUAAUAUCAUGUCCAGCCUUCAUGAUUUGCCUUAUGAAAAUGCAGGGUUAAAUGAUACUAUUGCUUUUCUUCAUCAGCCUUAUUACUGGGAUUUAGAGAAAACCUUUUACUCAGAUUUUCCUGAAAAACUUUUCAACUUAAUCAAUCAUGCUGACAUUGCACCAUUGAUGGCUUCCCUUAUUGGAGUUCCCUUUCCUCUUAAUUCAGUGGGAAUCCUUCCUGUGGAUUAUCUUAACAACACUGAUCUCUUCAAAGCAGAGAGCAUGCUUACAAAUGCAGUCCAGAUUCUUGAACAGUUCAAGGUGAAAAUGACUCAGAAAAAAGAAGUUACUUUGCCAUUUUUAUUUAUACCAUUUAAGUUACUUUCUAAUUCUAGACAGCUCAACAGUUUAAGGAAAGCAAGAUCUUAUAUAAAGCAAGGAAAGCAUGAUGACGUAAUCUCUCUGUGCAAGGAGCUGAUGCAUCUUGCAUUGAAAGGAUUGACUUAUUAUCACACUUACGACCGAUUCUUCUUGAGAGUCACUGUUGUUACUGGUUUUGUGGGAUGGACAUCUUAUGCCUCUUUACUGAUCAUCAAGACUCAUUCCAACCUUACAAGAGGUGUUAGUAAAAAAGUUAAGAAACCAAGCCGGUUCCUGCCAUGUAGUUUUAUAGCUAUUGGCCUUUUAGUAGCAUUUUUCCUGCUGAUUCAAGCCUGUCCCUGGACUUACUACAUAUAUUGUUUGUUGCCAGUGCCCAUAUGGUAUGCGGUUCUAAGAGAAUUUCAGGUUAUUCAGGACCUUGUCGCCUCACUGUUGACCUUCCCUCUGCAUCAUUUUGUUGGCUGGCUGUUAGUCUUUACCUUGGGAAUUGAAGUAUUGGUUCUCAGUUUUUUCUACCGCUAUAUGCUUACAGCUGGACUCAUUGCAUUUGCGGGCUGGCCAUUUUUCACUCGGCUGUGGACUCGAGCGAAGGUCAUGUCACUGAGUUGGACUCUUUUCUCUUUGCUUCUGGCGGUGUUCCCAAUGAUGCCUGUUGUAGGACGAAAGCCAGAUAUCGCCCUAGUAAUGGAUGCAGGCUUGCUGGUUCUUCUGCUAUCCCUGUUUGUUAUAACCUUUCUCAUCCAAAGAAAAGGUCAUUUUGUAAGUGAAGAGCUAUUGAUAUACCCAUUACAGAUGCUGAGCACAGUGCUGUCCAUUCUUGUUGUGAACAGCACCCAUGGCAGUCUCCUCCAGAAACAAGGGCUGCCUCUUCUGAAUCAGACUGUUAGCUGGGCCGUGCUAGCGUCCUCCUUGGUUGUGCCACUGCUGAGUCCUACGGCUGUCUUCCAGAGACUGCUUGGCAUAUUUCUGUCCUUGAUGCCAACCUACCUUCUUCUGAGCACAGGGCAUGAAGCUCUCUUUCCGAUAAUCUUGUUCUGCUUGAUGUUCACCUGGAUACACAUGGAGCAAGAAACCCUUCAACUGUCUGGCGUUUCCUACAAACAAAAGCUCGCUGGUAUCAAAUUUUCCUAUCAUACGGAUAUGACACAGUUUCGACAACUCUAUCAGGAUGACUUCCGCAGGGUCUUUUUCUUUGUUUUCUUCUUUGUGACAGCAUUGUUUGGAACUGGAAAUAUAGCUUCUAUUAAUAGCUUUGAUCCUUCUUCUGUCUAUUGCUUUCUGACCACAUUUAAGCCUUUUAUUAUGGGACCCUUGAUAAUAUGGAGGAUUUUAGUCCCCUUUAUUCUUGUGAUGUGUGCUUUUGAAGCAGUUCAGUUAAUUACCCAGUUAUCAUCUAAAAGUCUUUUUCUUUUUGUUCUUGUCAUAUCGGAUAUCAUGGCUCUGCAAUUUUUCUUCUUGGUCAAGGAUUAUGGCAGCUGGCUUGACAUUGGAACAAGCAUUACCAACUAUGCGAUGGUCAUGUUCAUGACCGUCUUCCUGGGAUUGGUCAGUGGCGUGGCACAGCUGCUCACAACAAAGAAACUCAGACUGGGGGAAAAACCCAAAGUCCGUCUCCUGAAACAGUGGGGAGGUCUGGAGAAGCAGUCCCCAUUUCCCGUCACCCGGCAGCACCUCUCACCCAUGUUCCGUAGCUUCACCUGCAACAGACCAGCCCCAGCUGCACAGCUUCCCGUGAACCCCCAGGAGCACAUGCAACAGACUGCGCCCCAAAUCAGCGCUAGGGCUGAGCUUGAAGGCAGGCUCCAGGGGCGCCAUAAGCAUUUGUCACCUCUCAGCACUAGAUCUGCAAGUAGUGUAACUGCUAAACCACAUCACAAGACAGACAACCAGGAUUUGUUAUUUGGAAUUUCCUAA